AUGCCUCACCAGUACCUCAUACGCGACAUGGGAUGGGAUGUCAGAGAGGCCUCAGGCGAGAUCCAAGACGCCAUCGGGGACCAUGUCUCGGGAAAUGUUCAACAACUAAUAAAUUUGUCCCCUAUGGAAUGGAAAAUGAAUAUACCAGAGAUGGAGUUUCUACCCAAUAUUCAUGGCCAUGGGCUUCUAGCAGCUUUUAUUUUUCUCCUUGUCAGCUUGUCUCAGUCUUCUUCUUUGAUUCAAGGAAAAAGCCUCCCUUACAUGACUUCAAACGUCGAAGAGGUAUCAGGCAAGUCCUUUGAUUAUAUCAUCGUGGGGGGAGGCACCGCCGGCUGCCCCCUAGCUGCAACUCUUUCAGAAAAAUUUUCUGUGCUUCUGAUAGAACGAGGAGGCUCACCUUAUGAAAAUCCCAUGAUAAUGGACAAGAAGUACCUUGGUUUCCCAUUUGUCCAAACUGACGAAUUUUUUUCGGUGGCUCAAAGAUUUUUCUCCAAAGAUGGAGUUCCAAACCUUAGAGGACGAGUUCUUGGAGGAUCAUCAGCCAUAAAUGCUGGUUUCUAUAGCAGAGCCAGUGCUGAGUUUAUUAAAAGAGUUGGGUGGGAUGAAAGGCUGGUGAAGGAGGCCUAUGAGUGGGCGGAGUCUAAAGUUGUUUUUAAACCUCAUGAGUUAACUAAGUGGAAUUCUGCUGUCAAGUUUGCCCUUCUUGAAGCAGGAAUUUUGCCUUAUAAUGGUUUCAGCUGGGAACAUAUAGAAGGAACAAAAAUCGGUGGAACUGUGUUUGAUGCAAACAGAAAAAGGCACAUUUCAGCUGAUCUUCUUGAAAGAGGGAACUCAAGUAAUAUCGUAGUUCUUCUCAAUGCUACUGUGAAGAAUGUCAUCUUCCAAAGCAAUGCUAAAGAAAAUAAAAGCUUAGUUCGCGGUAUCAGGUUCCUUAAGAGCAACGGCAGCAUAAAUCAAACUUAUGAAGCUUACCUUAGCGAACUAGAGAAUUCGAGUCCACGGGGUGAUGUUAUUUUGUCAGCAGGAGCAAUAGGCAGUCCCCAUAUUCUACUGCUAAGUGGCAUCGGACCGAAAGGACAUCUUGAGAACUUCAGCAUUCAACCUGUGCUGGACUUGAAAGGGGUUGGACAAGAUAUGCAAGACAAUCCUGCAUUUCCCUUGAUCCUAAACACCAAACCUGAAUAUCGGCUACCAGAAUCGCCUCAAGUUGUUGGCAUAGCAAAAGGCUUCAAAUUCAUUGUGGAGGGAUUUGUCCUACCAGUGAGCCUCAAUGCAACGACACUUGCGCGAAUUUCAAUUAAGUUCGCAUUUCCAGAAUCCAAAGGAAAGCUCCAAUUGAACAACACAGACCCUAGGCAGAACCCUGUGGUGGAGUUCAACUAUCUAGCCGAGGAAAAAGACUUGAAGGAAUGUGUCAAGAUGGUUCAACUGGUUAAGAAAGUAUCACGGUCCACGUCUAUUGCUCGGUUCCUGGGGACGGAACCCCGAAUUAAUGUGACGUCUGAUCCUAAUGAGCUAAGAAACUUCUGCAAGAAGAAUGUGAGAACUUAUUAUCACUAUCAUGGUGGUUGUUCUAUUGGAUCAGUUAUCGAUAAGGAUUACAGAGUAAUUGGAGUGAAGGGAUUGAGAGUAAUAGAUGGCUCAACUUUAUCUGAAUCGCCAGGCACCAACCCUAUGGCCACGCUUUUAAUGCUAGGGAGGUACCAAGGGAUCAAGAUUCUCAAGGAAAUGGAAAAUGCUUCUGCAUUUGUUACCCAACAACACCCGUAA